AUGAAAAGCGAUUCCACGUUCGCAGAAUUAGUUGCUAUCAUGGCGCGUCUGCGCGGUGCCGACGGCUGCCCCUGGGACCGCCAGCAGACGCAUGCCACGCUCAAGCCCUACCUGUUGGAGGAGACGUACGAGGCCCUCGAAGCCAUUGACGCGGAAGACGACGCCGAGCUAUGCAAGGAGUUGGGCGAUGUGUUGCUGCAAGUGGUGUUCCACGCCCAGAUCGCGGCCGAGGAGGGCCGCUUCGACAUCGAGGCGGUCGGCCAAGCCAUCGUCGAUAAGCUGAUUCGCCGCCAUCCCCAUGUUUUUGACGAUGCGCGUGCGGACGGAGCCGACGAGGUCUUGCGCCGCUGGGAGCAGAUCAAAAAGCAGGAGCGCCAGGAGCAAGGGGAAGCCGCGCCCUCGUCGUUGGAGGGCAUUCCCAAGCAUCUCCCUGCCCUAAUGCGCGCCCAUCAGAUCCAAGCGCGAGUCGCACGGCAGGGAUUUGAUUGGGACGGCAUUGAUGGCGCACUCGACAAGAUCGAAGAGGAAUUCGCCGAAGUGCGCAAAGCUUGGGAGACGGGUGGGGCCGCGGCGGUCGAGGAGGAGUUUGGCGACCUGCUCUUCUCGUUGGUCAACGCCAGCCGCUUCCUCAACGUAGAGCCCGAACAGGCACUCAGGCGUGCCGUUGCCAAGUUCGAGCGCCGCUUCCGCGCCCUAGAGGAAGCCGUGCAUGCGCGGAGCGAGGAAGUAUCCGCGCUCUCACUGGCAGCCCUAGACGAGAUCUGGGACGAGGUGAAAGCACGCGAAAAGGCCGAAGAAUAA